CCUAUUCCUACGAUGUAAUAUCCACUCAGUAGCCCCUCCCAUACUUAUACGAAAUCCUCAAUGACCAAACAACCGACAACCCGCGGAUUCCCGCCAGCAGUGUGCACCUCCACUCCAGGCCAGCCCCACCCCCGCCUCGACCCCACAUGGAAGAGGGGUCGCAGUCCAGCUGGGCCAAAUAUAAUCCCGACCCUGGGAUAAUUCAUCCGUCUUCAUUCGAACCAAACAACAAUAUCCAACCCUAGCGAAGUAUCACUUUCAUCUACAACAUCCACAAUCAUACAAACCACAACAUGGACAGCCACGACGAACCGACCCCACCCGCGUGUCACGGCGCCUCCAUCCCUGAUGUCACGGCCAUGGGCCCAGAACAAGAAUCAGUUAGUUCCUGGAGAGAGCGAUCUGGGAUCAACCCUGAGACCCAGAUCCGGUUGGUGAAGUUGUCGCAUAUGCGGUAUCAGCAUCCGGAUUUGGAUGAGAUAACUACAUUCUUAAAAGACUUCGGUAUGCAGGUCGUCAAGCAAACAGACGAGCAAGUCUGGUAUCGUGGCUAUGGGCCCGAUCCGUAUGUUUACUAUGCGCGGAAGGGACCAAAGGCGUUCCUGGGGGGGACGUUUGAGGUGGAGUCAUAUGGGGAUUUGGAGAAAGCAUUACAGAUUCCGAAUGCGACUGGAAUCACUGAAUUAGUUGAUCACCCUGGUGGAGGUCAUCUAGUGACAGUGACUGAUCCAGAAGGUCACCCCGUGAACUUAAUCCAUGGCCAAACCCCCAAAAAACCUGGAGAAUAUCCAGAACGGCUCAUCAUCAACUACGAGACGGAAAAGACGCGACUGCGAAAGUUCCAUCGCUUCAACCCUGGACCAGCGCCCGUGCACAAGCUCGGCCACUUCGGCUACUGCGUCCAAUCCUUCCCCAACAUGCUAACAUUCUACACCCAAAACUUCAACCUCGUCCCCACCGACUUCCUCUACAUCGACAAAGAAAACCAAAAAGAAAACGUCGCCAUAUUCGCACACAUCGACCGCGGCCAAGACGGCGUAGACCACCACUCCCUAUUCAUGAUCUCCAACAAAACCCCCCACGUCCACCACUGUUCGUUUGAAGUCCACGACUUCGACACCCAGAAACUAGGCCACUACUGGCUCGCCAAAAAGGGAUACAAGUCCGUCUGGGGCGUGGGACGACAUAUCCUCGGCUCCCAAAUCUUCGAUUACUGGUGGGAUACGACGGGGAAUAUGGUAGAGCAUUAUGCGGAUGGGGAUUUGGUCAAUGAGGAGACGCCGGUUGGGUAUAUGCCUGCGAGAAAUGAGUCGUUGGCGAUUUGGGGCCCGGAGGUGCCGGCGGAUUUUAUUAAUUGAACUAUCUACUUUUCUUUCCUAUAUGAUCUAAAUAUAUUGGUUAUGGUUAUUGUGUCUGAUGCGAUUAAUGUA